GUCAUUCAUGUAAAGGACUAACCUAGUAAGCAUUUAAUAAAUGUUAGCUGUUACUAUGGUAAAGUAUUUUUUUCACCUUCUUCAGUUGAACAUAUAUAACAAGUACAUCUGUAGAAGAAAACCCCCUGCAUCCUCCAGUAAGUUGCAUUAAAAAAUCUAGCAGCAUACAAAUGGCAGAUGACCCUAUGUUUUAGAGUGCCUGAGUCUACUUCCUCAUGAGAGUGUUUUUGUUGUCCAGAAUUUAAAGUCUCUUUCAGCUGGGUUUAUUAGCGUUUAUGACUGGGACAAACAUGCAGUCUGUUAACUGAAGACCUUGUUUGGGAAUAUCACAACUCUAGACAAGAAAUAUGUUCUCAUGUAAGAAUUUCCAUUCUCUGGUGCUUUUUCAAAUAUAACUCUAAGAAUGCAACUAGGGUUUGGGGUUAACCUGUUGGUUUCUCUCAUGCUGCAAUUUAUAUUCAGAUUCAGAAAGGCAUCCUUCUACCACAUUAUGGCAAUUACAAAGGUAUGGUUUUCCUGGAGAAAAUUUCACUGCAUAAGAUGAUAACGGCAGUUGUGCCAACCAUGGAAGGACACUAACAUCCAACUCUUUUAAGCACUUAAAUGGCAGCUUUGAAGAGUGUACAGUGCUUGUUUUCCUUCCUGGACAAGAUUGUCCUGCCUUCAAUUCUCAAAGCUAAAUGCACAGUGGAUGGUUGCCUGGGUGACAGCCUGUAAACUAAGCAGUCUCUUUGCAGCUAACUGAAGGGUUUGUGCACACAGAGUCAGCUUUAAUUAUUUUUUUAAGUACUUUGAGCUGUGCAACAUUGGAAAAUAAUCAAAGAAAAAAAAAUCUAUAUCUAUGCUGCUUUUAAAUGGAUCCCUCACUGAAGUGUUGGUUGACAGCUGCCCCAGAAAUCUGCCACCAAAAAUUAGGAUGACGUGGACUGCUGUUUUUCUCCAUCUUUCUUCAACUGUGUAUCAGCUCCCACAGCAAAACACGACAUAGGCAAAUUUAUGGACUUAGCAAGAUGAAUAAAAAUAAACUGAUUCAUGAUUUCCUGGAAGUAGUUUCAAGGGGUGAUGUGGAACUCAUCUGUGACUAUAUUAGUAAAGUCCAUUCCAUCCUUGGAAACCUUAACUUUCAGCAUCCAACGACUGGAAAUACACCUCUCAUUACUGCAGCAGAAGAAAAUCUAACAGAGGUUGUUGAAUUUCUUCUGGAAAAGGGAGCAGAUAUCACCCUUUGUAAUUACAGCAAUCAAACUGCAGUUCAUGUGGCUAAUUGCCACGUCCAAAGACAACUCUUGGCUAUCAAUGGAAUCCAGGCUCCCCAAAUGCAACUUCUACAAACUUCAUGGCAAGGUGAUCUUGAACAACUUCAACACUUGCUGGCAUCUGAAGAGUUCCUGGAUAUAAAUUUCCCAAACCAACAUGGCUUGACCCCUCUGAUGCUGGCUGUGAGGGAUGUGGAUCUGUUUGAGAGUCUUGAUAUGUUAACAGUCUACAGACCUGUGGAGGUUCUGUCUGAGCUCCUCAGGCAUCAUGCAGAUCCUAAACUCUGUGAUUUUAGUGGAAAAUCAGCAAUACAUUAUGUGUCGCAAAUACAUAGUUUUAAGAAACAGCAGUUAUUGGACAUUCUAAUGAACUCUAUGCCAAAACCAGAAAGACAUGCUGAAUCAUUGCUUGAUAUUUGUCAUGAUACUAACUCUUCUCCAACUGAUAGGAUGACAGUUACUACAAACCAAAAUAUAAUCUUGCAAAGUAUCAGCAGCAGUGAGGAGUUUGACCAAGACGAGGAUUGCAGUCAUUCCAUAUUGCUUAGUGAAGGAGAGGAUCCAAGUGGUGAUGGACAAGAUUGGCAACCCAGGACAGAAGGUUUUGAGAUUAUUGUUACUUUUCCAAGAGAUGUCAGUUAUCCCCAAGAAAUAAGCCAAGAAGAUUUACAAGAAAACAGUCAGAUAACCCCAGUGAUUCAAGAAAGGGCACAAGCACAUUCUGUUUCUCUUCCAAAUGAAAUUCACAUGGUGGACUUCCAGACAAAGACUCUGACCAUGGGUCAGAAGAAGGAGGAAAGUUCCAAGGAGCUCUGUGAUGCAAAUGUGGGCUUUUUGUUGCCAAGACCUUGCUUAGAACCAAACAUCUCCACAUCUGUAGUCAGAGAAGAUGUUCCUCACUUUCUGAAGGAGCAGCAAAGAAAAUCUGAAGAGUUUUCUACUCUUGAUAUGAAGUAUAGUAGCCGAAGAAUUGAGUUCCCUCUGCCAGCAUUGUCACUUUUGCCCAUGAAACCUGGUCUUCAUACUGCCCCCCAAGAUCACAUGGAUCAAAAGGAGAGAGAAAAAAAUAUUCUGAACUUUGUAUCUUUCAAACCUAAGCUCUCAGAGCCCAGAAGUCAAUCUGAUGAGGUUAGACCAUUGAACAAGCAGCAGGAAGCUCCGUUUAAGGUGUUUGUGGAUCAGACUCUCAGGUGCUCUGAUAGCUCUAUUUGGUCCAGAAACAUGUGCUCUUUUUGGAAGGCUAACCAUCACAGACAACAUAUGGAGAUGGAGAACAGGAAAUCCAAGGAAACAGAAGAAAGUGACAAAAUUUCAAUCUCUCACUUUGAAAAAGGACAAUCUUUGUUGUCCUUUGAGAAUUGUAAGGAACGCAGUUUUCCUACAGAUAGGGAAGUGGAUAUUGACUACCUUGGUUGUGAAAUGAAAAAAGCAGAAGAGAAUUCUCAACAUCUUUUAUCAGGAAAGAAAGAGGGUUCAGUAGCCAGAAACUUGUUUACAGAUUUUGAAGUUGGAUGUAACAUGCCAGUCAAGUUCCAAGAAGCCCAGCAUUCAGAAGUAAUUCUAAGCCAGGAUGAAGAGACUAGAAAUGAUAAAGCUGAUUUAAAAAGUACUUCAGUACAUAAAGGUGAAGCAGUUGAGCCAAAUCAUAUUUUAGAAGAGUAUACUGUACUUAAAAGUUUGUCCAAUGUAGUCCCUGAUGGCCCCACUGAAAAGAUUCCGCAAGGUCCUAGACGCACAGAGACAAACAUAAAGAUGUCAAUGGCGGAGGCAACCAAACCGGAAAUGAAUGGGAUGGUGCCUCUUAUCCACAUCACUUUCCCUGGAGAUGAAACUCCCAAGGAACCAGCAGUAGCCAAACCAAGCCUCCAAAAAAGAAAGGGCACUCUUCAUAGCAGCAAUAGCUUCAAUAUUCUUGUACAUCAAGAAAAUGACAGACAUAAGAUGAAAACCCCCAGAAAUAAGUUGGAUUCAAAGACCAAGACCAGUAAUAGGACACCCCAGAAUUUCAUGAUUUCCAUUGAAGGUUCCAUUAAGCCUACCAUACAUAAAACCAGUAUAAAAACUCCAGUUUUCCCUGCUUUGGGGCUUGUUGACCCCAGACCUUGGCAACCACCCAAGUUUCAAAGGAGAAUGCCACAGAUAGAAAAGAAGCAAUCAACUUACCGGGCUCUGAAACCUAAAAAGCAAUCUUUUCCUUGCAUCGGUAAGAAUUCAGGAAUAAAAAAGUCUUCUGUUCCUCUCUCUGCUCAACCAACAGAGCCAAGACUAAAUUACUUAGAUCUUAAGUAUAGUGACAUGUUCAAAGAAAUCAAUUCAACUGCUAAUGGUCCUGGAAUCUAUGAAAUGUUUGGGACCCCUGUUUAUUGUCACAUGAGAGAGGCUGAACGUCAUGAGAACAAAUAUUAUCGAGAGAUAUGCUCAGCUCCAUCUGGCAGAUGUAUUACCAAUAAAUGUCGAUCUUCACACAGUGAGAGGAGCAGCAACAGCAGAACAAGAUUUUCUCAGAAAAGACCACAUGUUAAACCUGUAAAGGUUUCACUUGGCAUUAAACAAAAGAACAAAAUUUUAAUUUCUAAAGAAAAGGGUUACAAGGCUGUAGGUAGCAACGUACAAGACAUGGAAAAUGGUGAUGAUAUUUCAGGUUCACAGUGGCAGAUAAAGUCUUCAGGAGAUGACUUUCUUUCUUCUAAUAAUGAAGUUCAGCCCUUGAACUUGGCUCUGCCUCAUGAGCAGUCCACUGAACAGAAUGAAGUCAUUCCUGUUUCAGAUUUGUCCACUGUUGAAGAAGUCUCUAUGGAAGAGUCUGCUGAUGAAGGAGACAUUUCUAACAAUCAAAUACUUGCCACGAGCCUCAGAGAUCUACAGAAACUUGAAGAACUACAUCACCAGACCCCAUUUGUCCUUUCAGAAAACAGUUGGGCAAUGCCCAGUGAGAAGAAUUCCAAUAAGCACGUACUGCAAGAAAAGCAGAAUACAGCAUCGCUUGUUAAAAUAGAUGCCAACCAAAUUUUAACUAAUGAUGUAGGGUUUGAAAGUGUUUUAGGUAAGUCUGAGAGACUUUUGAGUUUCUCUUUCCAAGAGAAACAACAGAGUGCAUCUUCCCAAGCUUAUCAACAUUGGGCACAUUCUUUGGAUCAUGAUAGUUUAGUUAAUGAAUCAAUUACAUAUCAAACAUUUGGACAAACUUUAAAUUAUGCAAAUUCAAUUUCGCAAGGAAUUCUAGAUUCUGUAAAGAAUGAAGAAUUGACGGAUGAACUAUUAGGAUGUCUAGCUGCAGAACUAUUAGCUCUUGACGAGAGAGGUAACACCUCUUGCCAAAUAAUGGCAAAUGAAACAGAUCCUGAAAAUCUAAAUCUUGUCUUCAGUAGGAGAGGACAAACCACACAAGAAUUGGGCGGAGAGACAACCAAUGUUAAAAUACAGAGAUAUAGUAAUGGGUUCAGCAUAUAUGACAAGGACAAGAAAUUUCUCAACUCAAAUGAAAAGAAGAAAUUUCCUGAAAAUAGUUUAAAGUAUGAAGAAUCUAUCCUGUGGACUAAGGGAGAGGUCCUUGGGAAGGGAGCCUAUGGCACAGGACCAGCAUGAGCGACCUUCUGCUGCCCAGCUCCUGAAGCACUCCUUCUUGAUAAGAAGUCAUUGAACAUACAUCAACUUUCCUUUCCAGUUCCAUUAUAGAUACACUCCGUGACUGCUUCAUUGUGGGAAUGAUGGUUAAGGGACUUUUGUUUUCCUAUUGUUAAGUCAGCUCAACUCAACCAGAUCCUGCAGUGUCCCUAACUAAAAUGUUUUUAGGUAAAUAUUAGCCUCAAGCUUCAGGCGUGGUUACCCAUGUAUAUGAGAAAAUUUUCUUAAACAAUAACAAAAUGUAUUGCUGUUUACAGUUUUGACUAUCCUUCAUUUUUGGCCUGUCAGUUUUAAUGUCUUUAAAAUAAAUUGUAAAACCAAGAAGAAAA